UCCAUUCAGUGCACUGAAAACCUUUACCAUGUCGAGUUUUAGAGUUAUGAGUGGUGCGACCUUUGGCCUGCUGCUCCUCCUGCUGCUGGCCCUCCACUCCAGCCAGGCGGAGAUUAUCGAUGGGGAGGAAACGGACCGCUUUUGCUACCCGGAGUCCUCGAAGAACUCGCGUCGCUCCUGCGAGUGCAGCAAUGUGAGUGCCUCGCCAUGGGGAAUGCGUGCCUUGCGCAUCGACUGCAGCUACAAGAACUUCGGGGUGAAGGAUCUCUCCCUGGUUCUCCCCCUCUACAUUGACUCGCUGGACCUCUCCUGGAACGCCCUGGACUCGGUGCCGAUCUUUGCCAGCGACAGUCUGCAUCAGCUGAACCUCAGGCACAAUAAUAUCUCAAAGCUAUCAGCGGGUAACUUCAAGCAGUUGACCAGUUUGAAAGAGCUCUAUCUGGGCUGGAACAGCAUUGGCCAACUGGAGGCGGGGGUCUUUGAGGGAUUACCCCAUCUCCAAGUUCUGGAUUUGGCCGACAACAAUCUUCAUUCGCUUCCGAGUCAGUUGUUUGCUCCGCUCUUGGUUCUGGGCACCCUGGAUAUCUCCUGGAAUCGGCAGUUCAACGAGUCUGGCGGGGAUUUGUACACUGGACUAGGUGUCAAUUGGAAACUAUCUACUUUGCGGCUGGAUGCCUGCAGUUUAACGGAGCUCCGAUUGCCUGUAAGUGCUCCUCUGAAGGAGCUUUCCCUUAGGAGAAACCAGUUGAAGCGGAUUCCUAGUGAGCUCCCGGAAUCCCUCCUCCGCCUAGACAUCAGUGACAAUCUGCUGGAAGAGCUGCUGCCCGAGGAUACGGCCAAUCUCACCCAGGUGCGCCAGCUGUUCAUCGAGGACAUGUCUGUGCUCCAAAGAGUGGUGGCCCAGGCCUUGGCUCCCAUUGAUCUCCUCGAGACCUUGAGCUUCCAGAACAGCCGUCAACUGAAUCACCUGGAUGCAGAGGCCUUUGGAGUCAUCACUACCAACUCCAUCAAGAAGAAAGCGCUGCGUUCGCUGAGCUUUCGUGGCACUAUGCUGCGCACCUUUAAUUCCUCGCUGGCGCCGCUUUUUAACCAGCUUACCGAAAUGGAUCUCAACGGUCUCCCGCUGCAGUGUGACUGCGAGUUGGUCUGGCUGAAGCAGCUGCCCUACCAGACCAACGGCAGGUGCUACAAGCCGUCGAGGAUCCGCGGCAUGCUGGUGACAUCCGCUCGGGGAGACGCCUUCAGCUGCGACACCUGGCCGAGAUGGGCCUACGGACUGGUGGUGCUCUCGCUGAUCGCCCUCAGCGCCGUGGGCAUUUACCUGAUCGUCAUGGGACUGCGUCCACAUCGGGGGGUCACCAUGCGAAGGAAGGUGGGAGCCGGAAGUCCCUAUGCGCGGGUCACCAUCGAACCCAAUCGCCAGGAGAACCCCCACUAAACGUUGAUUUAAUAAACUUACUGCCUAAGUUCUUGUAGUUAAAAACAUUGAUGCACAGUUUUACAGCCAAUUAGUCGAGAAUAAACACACAAACUUUUACUUUUAUUUAA